AUGCCUCAGUUAUCAGUGAACAUUGAUGAGCCCAGGUAUGACCAGUCCACAUACACUGGCCGAGCCAAACACUUCUUCAUUACGACCAAUCCCUUGAAUUUAUUUGUUUCUGGGCAAGCUCUGGAUGAGGCCAAAGACAUUGUGGAGAGAUACAGAAAAGGAGAGGUUGUACCUGGACUGACAGAGGAAAAACUCUGGCGUGCCAAGCAUCUGUACGAUUCAGCCUUUCACCCAGACACCAAGGAGAAGAUGUUUAUUUUAGGGCGAAUGUCCGCGCAAGUACCCAUGAAUAUGACUAUAACCGGAUGUAUGAUGACAUUUUACAAGACAACACCAGCAGUUGUAUUCUGGCAGUGGUUCAACCAGACUUUUAAUGCUGUAGUCAACUACACCAACCGCAGCGGGGAUUCACCUAUAUCACCUGUACAACUGGGUGUCUCCUAUGUGGCGGCAACUGGUGGUGCUGUAACUACAGCCCUUACUCUCAAUAGCAUGGUGAAGAAAUUCCCUCCAAUUGUUGGGCGGUUUGUGCCAUUUGCUGCGGUGGCUGCAGCCAAUUGCAUCAACAUUCCUUGCAUGAGGAGCAGGGAGCUGAUGCAUGGCAUACCCAUAUUUGAUGAAAAUGGCAACAGGGUGGGUGAGUCCACACGGGCAGCCUCCAAGGCCAUAUCUCAAGUGGUUAUAUCAAGGAUUAUAAUGGCUAUGCCCGGAAUGAUGAUACCUCCUUUUAUAAUGAAUAGCCUGGAGAAGAAGAAAUUCUUGCAGAGAAUGCCAUGGUUAAAUGCCCCCAUUCAGGUUGCUAUGAUUGGAUUUUUACUGGUAUUUGCCACUCCAUUGUGUUGUGCGUUGUUUCCACAAAAGAGUUCUAUGGCAGUAGCUAAUCUAGAAUCUGAGGUCAGGGACAAAAUCCAGGCUCUGCCCAAUCCUCCAACGGUUGUGUACUUCAACAAGGGAUUGUAA